AUGGAUGUCCAAGGGACAACUGGAAGAAGUAAGGGCAUCACUGAAACAACCUUUUCAGAACACUGGCUAGAUACACAGAUUGAUAGGAAGCCGAGCGUAUUAUGUGAAGCCAGGAUUGAGAACCACUGCUCUACGCUCCUAGCUCCAGCCGGACCUGGCCUCCCCGCUGCUCCCCACGCAUCAGCGUUAGGCCGACUUCUGCUAUUUCCUGGCCCACAUUCCCCUCUGCCCCGCCGCGUCCUGGGGCCUGGGGCAGGGGCCGGAAGCCUGGUGCUGGGGACCGGAUGGGAGAGGCAGGAAGCGGCGGCUCGUGUCACGUGUCUCCCCGCAGGUCUGAGCGCCCGGGAGCAGCGCUGGUGCGGGAUCACGGCCCGCAGGGGCACGGUGCUGGCCGGCGCCUUCUCCAUCAUGGCCACGCACCUGCACCUGAUCUUCGAGUGGAGGCACCUGGCCUGGGGCGACUGCCCCGACACCAGCCAGGCCAGCGAGAGCUCGGGGGACGUCGUCAGGCGCUUCGUGACCUGCUGGAGUCUGGCCAUCGUCCUGCUCCUGUCUGUGGUCACCAUGGCGGCCAGCGGCCUCCUGCUGUACUCCGUGUAUGCCCAGGUCCACCGGGGCCUGCUGCUCUACGUGUCCUGGAUCGUCUUCUACGAGGCCGCCAACCUGGCCGUGCAGAUCCUCAGCACCGGCACCAGCACCGGGGCCGUCAGAGUCCUGCGCUGGUUCGGCUUGGUGGCCCGUGCGUGCAUGCACUACUUCUGGCUGUGGUUCGUCAUCACCUACGCGCGCCUGAGCUACAAGAACCAGCCGCGGGGCGACAUCCUGGCCUACAGCAGACCCGGCUCGGCCGCCACCAGAAAACUACAGCGGAAGCCAUGAGGGUGCAGCUGGCCCUGUCUUCCGGGACGGUCUCUCUGCUCUGAUCCCUUUUGAUUUUGUUUUGUUUUGCUUUUGCCGCGCAGCUUGGGGUGGCACCAGCACAGCGACAUGAUCGAAUCCCCAGGCCGCUUCAAGAGCGCUGCUGUCUAUCAGGGCUUCCCUGAGCGCCCUCUGUCUUCCUCUCCGGGUCAGUCCCACCUUCUGGGUCAAAACCAGAGCACAAAGGAAUAAAAUACAGCCCAGUCGAGGUUGCCUUCAACCCAGAGGGCUCUUUGCUUAACCCCA